AUGUUUGAGGCAGUGAAGGUAAGUCACGCCAGAAUUGUCAGUCUCCGGUUGUGGAACAGUGGAUCCAUUGUGAGUACGAGGCGAGCUAAACCCAUUUGUUUAGACCCCGUGGUGGUAGCUUCUCCAGAAUGGCGGAAAGAGCUCCAUUUGGAACGAUGUGUGGGUUCUUCACCUCCCGGAGAAAAGAACAAGCAUGUAAACCAGCUGGCUAUUGAAAUGACCUGGAGAUUCCCCUGUUUGGCUGCCGCAUGCUGCGUAAAAUAUUACAAAAUCACAAAAUUAUAUUUUCUCGAUGUACAUAGCAAAAUAGCCGCUCGCCUGUUUGAACGUUGCUCGCGUUUGUUUGAGUCAACAUAG